AUGGCGGCGGCACCGCACCUCGCGACUAUGGCGGUGGCAACACACCUCGGUCUGACCGGCGACGACAAAGAUAUGGAGAGGAGGAUGGAAAAGGAGAUGUUGUGGUCGGCGUCACGAGAAGAAAACGAUCUCAGCCCACAAGCGACGAGAGGCUACUGUGACGCGUUGCUGACGAGAGGAGAGGGAGAGAAGAGAGGAGGCAAUCUCGUCAACCAAGGGAGGCCGCCGCCGGAAACGAGGAGGAGGAGCAGUGAGUGGGGUCGGCGACGAACUAGGCGGAGGCAGCAGCUCCCUGUCUCUCUGCUCGGUGGCGGCAGAAAAACCCAGCACGAAGAAGCCUCUGCUCUCCCCCCGCUCGCGGUGGAUGCGGAAAUGGAGAGGUUGACCUCCGGCUUCGAAAACUUCAAGAACGACGUCUACGACAAAAACACAGACUUGUUCUCGCAGUUGUCGCAGGGACAAAGCCCCAAGUACAUGGUGUUCGCUUGCUCUGACUCGCGCGUGUGCCCGUCGGUGGUGCUCGGGUUCCAGCCCGGCGAGGCCUUCAGCGUCCGCAACAUCGCCGCCAUGGUUCCGCCUUACGACCAAAAAAGGUAUAGUGGCUCUGGAGCCGCCAUUGAAUAUGCUGUUCUUCAUCUCAAGGUGGAGAACAUUGUGGUGAUUGGCCACAGCUGCUGUGGUGGGAUCAAGGGGCUCAUGUCCAUCAAAGAGGAUGGGAAUACCACAACCGAGUUCAUUGAGGACUGGGUGAAAGUAUGUUUACCAGCGAAGGAGAAGGUGAAUGAAGAAUUCGCGUCCUCGUCUUUUCCUGAACAGUGCACCGAAUGUGAAAAGGCGGCUGUGAAAAUCUCCUUGGAGAACCUGAAGACGUACCCCUUCGUGAAGGACGCGGUGGAGAAGGGCUCCUUGAAGCUCUUCGGAGCAUACUACGACUUUGUGAAUGGGAAAUUCGAGAUAUGGUGAAUGAAUGAAACAGGCAAACCUGCAAUAUAACUAAUUAGUGGUAUCAGUAGUUCAUGGAAGGACGGAAUAAGAACAUUUAUUAUAUCUAAU